GGGUUCCCCUUUAACUGAGCCUGAAUAUUAUUAUUACUGUUAUAUAAUGUUGCUUAAUAUGUCACUACUUUGUGAUGUGUAUGCAUGUGUAUUUUUAUUACCCUUGAUGAUAAUCCCUAAUUAUUUUCAAAGACACAAUUGUGCCCUAUUCUGCUUUAUUCCUUUUUUUUUUUUUUUUAGGAAAAGGAUUGGUCAUCAUGUCAGUAGUCACAGUUCAACUUGGUCAGUGUGGCAAUCAAAUUGGUUAUGAAGUAUUUGAUGCCAUAUGUAGAGACUUACAUAGUACCCAGGGAUUCUGCUCUAAGAAAGAAAAUGAAGUCUAUCAAGCAUCUUGCAAAGAACAUUUCUUUAAUGAGGAUAAAAGUGAAGUUCCAGUUGCCCGAGCAUUGCUUAUUGACAUGGAGCCCAAAGUGAUCAGUCAAACACUAUUAAAAGCUGCCCAUUCUGGCAGAUGGAAGUAUGGUCAACAUUCACACUUCUGUCAAAAACAAGGUUCUGGAAAUAAUUGGGCCUAUGGCUAUAAUGUUCAUGGGCCCAAGCAUGAAGAAUCUAUCAUGAAUCUAAUUCAGAGGGAAGUAGAGGAAUAUGACUCUCUAAGUGGAUUUUCUAUUAUUAUGAGUAUGGCAGGAGGCACAGGAUCUGGCUUGGGAGCCUUCCUCACACAGAACUUAAGAGAUGCUUAUCCAAAUUCUUUUAUAAUGAAUCAGGUUAUAUGGCCCUAUGGAACUGGUGAGGUUAUUGUACAGAACUACAACUCAGUUUUGACUCUUUCCCAUCUAUAUCGAUCUUCAGAUGCACUUCUUGUUCAUGAAAAUGAUGUGGUGCAUAAGAUAUGUGCUAAAUUGAUGAAUAUCAAACAAAUCUCCUUUAGAGAUGUAAAUCAAGUCAUUGCCCAUCAAUUGGGAAGUGUAUUCCAACCUACCUACUCUUCAGAAGAUUCAUUUCAGUACAGAAGAAACCCAUUAGGAGACUUGAUGACAACCUUGGUUCCACACCCUGAAUUCAAGAUGCUAAGUCUACGUAACAUUCCUCAAAUGUCUGAAAACUCAUUGGCUUACACCACCUUUGCCUGGGCUGGAUUGCUUAAGCAUUUAAGACAGAUGCUCAUUUCUAAUGCUAAAAUGGAAGAAGGUAUCGAUUGGCAGGUACGACCACCUUUGUCAGGACUUCCUGCUCUUGAGAAGGUCUCCCCCAACAAGGAACUCCAUUUUAACACUUCCAUAGCUAACUUGCUCAUCCUUCGUGGUAAAGAUGUGCACAGUGCAGACACAGGGGGCUUUAAAGAUCCGGCUUUAUAUACUUCCUGGCUCCAGCCUAGUGAUGCCUUCUGUGAAUGGAGAACACACCGAGCCUUUAACAAAUAUGAGAAAUCAGCGGCUUUGGUCAGCAACAGCCAGUUUUUACUAAAACCACUUGAUACCAUCGUAGGCAAAGCUUGGAAUAUGUUUGCUUCAAAAGCCUAUGUUCACCAGUACACAAAGUUUGGAAUUGAAGAGGAGGACUUUUUAGACAGCUUCACAGUAUUAGAGCAAGUUGUUGCCAGUUACUGCAACCUUUGA